GCACUUCCCACAGAUGAAUGGAAGAAGAGCUGCUAGUUAAAAGUGACCAGUAACAAGAACCUCAUGACCACCAUGGAGGGAACUUACUUCAUCAUGUGGCUGGUUACAAGUUUGGGAUUGUUGGGAGUCAUGCAGCCACUGACAGCAGAUGAUACUCAGUGUCAGAGAGCUGAGCACCCAGUUAUCACCUAUAAAGAAAUUGUCCCCUGGUUACAUGAGUUCAGAGCGAAGAAUGCCGUGGAUUUCUCUCAGCUAACAUUUGAUCCAGGACAGAAAGAACUUGUUGUAGGAGCCAGAAAUUACCUCUUCAGGUUGAAACUUGAGGAUUUGACGCUGAUCCAGGCUGUGGAGUGGGAGUGUGAUGAAGCUACUAAAAGAGCUUGUUACAGCAAGGGAAAAUCCAAGGAUGAAUGUCAAAAUUAUAUUCGUGUACUCCUGGUGGGGGGUGACCGACUAUUCACUUGUGGAACCAAUGCUUUUACACCAAUUUGCACCAAUCGAACGUUGAGUAACCUGACAGAGAUACAUGAUCAGAUCAGUGGUAUGGCUCGGUGUCCUUAUAGUCCCCAACAUAACUCCACAGCCCUGCUUACUUCUGGGGGGGAACUGUAUGCUGCCACAGCUAUGGAUUUCCCAGGAAGAGAUCCUGCCAUUUAUCGAAGCCUUGGGGUCCUCCCUCCUCUACGCACUGCACAGUACAACUCUAAAUGGCUAAAUGAACCAAAUUUCGUAUCAUCCUAUGAUAUUGGGAACUUCACCUAUUUCUUCUUCCGGGAAAAUGCUGUGGAACAUGAUUGUGGAAAAACUGUUUUCUCCAGGGCCGCCCGAGUUUGUAAGAAUGACAUUGGAGGCCGAUUUUUGCUAGAGGAUACAUGGACCACCUUCAUGAAGGCUCGGCUGAACUGUUCCCGUCCUGGGGAAGUUCCUUUUUACUACAGUGAACUACAGAGUACUUUUUUCCUUCCUGAACUGGAUUUAAUCUAUGGGAUAUUUACCACUAAUGUUAACAGUAUAGCUGCCUCCGCUGUAUGUGUGUUCAACCUGAGUGCCAUCUCUCAGGCAUUCAAUGGACCUUUCAAAUAUCAAGAGAACUCUCGCUCAGCAUGGCUGCCUUACCCGAAUCCCAACCCCAACUUCCAGUGUGGUACAGUGGACCAGGGCUUGUAUGUGAACCUGACAGAAAGAAACCUUCAGGAUGCUCAAAAGUUCAUUCUUAUGCAUGAGGUAGUGCAGCCAGUUACUACAGUUCCUUACUUCAUGGAAGACAACAGUCGGUUUUCUCAUGUUGCAGUAGAUGUUGUGCAAGGAAAAGACAUGCUUUUCCAUAUCAUCUAUCUGGCUACAGAUUAUGGCACAAUUAAGAAGGUCCUGGCCCCGAUGAACCUGACUUCCAGCAGCUGUUUGCUUGAGGAGAUUGAGCUAUUCUCUGAGAGGCAGAGGGAGCCCAUCAGGAGUCUGCAGAUUCUGCACAGCCAAAGUGUUCUGUUUGUGGGUCUUCAGGAGCACGUGGCCAAGAUCCCCCUGAAGAGAUGCCCUUUUUAUAGCUCUCGCAGUGCUUGUAUUGGAGCUCAGGAUCCUUACUGUGGCUGGGAUGUGGUGAUGAAGAAAUGCACAACCUUGGAAGAGAGCUUGAGCAUGAGCCAGUGGGAGCAGAGUAUCUCAACAUGUCCAACAAGGAAUUUAACAGUGGAUGGAAAUUAUGGGGCCUGGUCACCAUGGAUACCUUGUACCCAUACAGACGGCAAUAUGGUUGGAUCUUGUCUCUGUCGAACUCGUUCCUGUGAUAACCCUUCUCCUCAGUGUGGAGGCUGGCAGUGUGAAGGCCCGAGCAUGGAAAUUGCUAAUUGUUCCAGAAAUGGAGGCUGGACUCCUUGGACUACUUGGUCACCUUGUAGUACAACUUGUGGCAUUGGUUUCCAAGUCCGUCAGCGUUCCUGCAGUAACCCUACCCCUCGCCAUGGAGGCCGGGUGUGUGUGGGACAGAACCGGGAGGAAAGAUACUGUAAUGAACAUUUGCUGUGCCCCCCACACAUGUUUUGGACAGGCUGGGGUCCAUGGGAACGUUGCACCGCCCAGUGUGGGGGUGGGAUCCAAGCUCGGCGCAGGACCUGUGAGAAUGGCCCUGACUGCCCAGGCUGUAAUGUGGAAUAUCAGCCUUGUAACACCAACUCAUGUCCAGAGCUGAAAAAGACCACCCCUUGGACGCCUUGGACUCCUGUCAACAUCUCUGACAAUGGAGGUCACUAUGAGCAACGGUUCCGUUACACUUGCAAAGCUCGACUACCUGACCCCAAUUUACUGGAGGUGGGAAGGCAAAGGAUUGAAAUGCGUUAUUGUUCUAGUGAUGGAACCAGUGGCUGUUCCACAGAUGGGCUCUCUGGGGAUUUCUUGCGAUCUGGAAGGUAUUCUGCUCAUACAAUCAAUGGUGCUUGGUCAGCAUGGACUCCUUGGUCCCAGUGUAGUCGAGACUGCAGCCGAGGCAUUCGAAAUCGUAAACGGGUCUGUAACAACCCUGAACCCAAAUAUGGAGGACUUCCUUGUCUUGGUCCAUCACUGGAAUACCAGGAAUGUAACAUCUUGCCUUGCCCAGUUGAUGGCGUUUGGUCUUGUUGGUCGCCAUGGUCGAAAUGCUCAGCCACAUGCGGAGGUGGGCAUUAUAUGAGGACCAGAUCAUGUACAAACCCUGCCCCAGCAUACGGAGGAGACAUAUGCCUUGGACUCCAUACUGAAGAGGCUCUUUGCAACACGCAACCAUGUCCAGAUAGUUGGUCUGAUUGGUCAGACUGGUCUGAGUGUGACUCUUCUGGCACUCAGUUCCGGGUCCGUCAAUGUAUCAUUUUAUUUCCUGUGGGUAACCAAUGUUCUGGAAAUACCACAGAAAGUCGGUCUUGUGUUUUUGAUUCCAAUUUCAUUCCAGAAAUAUCUGUAGCAAGAUCCAGUAGUGUAGAAGAGAAAAGAUGUGGUGAGUUCAACAUGUUCCAUAUGAUUGCAGUGGGAUUAAGCAGCUCUAUUCUUGGUUGCCUCCUUACUCUGCUCAUCUACACAUACUGCCAGCGAUACCAGCAGCAGGCCCAUGAUGCUACUGUCAUCCAUCCAGUCUCACCAGCUCCUCUUAAUACAAGUAUAACUAACCACAUCAACAAACUGGAUAAAUAUGAUUCUGUAGAAGCAAUCAAGGCAUUUAACAAAAACAACUUGAUCCUAGAGGAAAGAAACAAAUACUUCAAUCCACAUCUCACUGCAAAGACCUAUUCUAACGCCUAUUUUACAGAUCUCAAUAAUUAUGAUGAGUACUAAUAGAUCUUAUAUUUUUGGUCUCUUGUAAUUCCCCAGUCCCCCAAGGCCUGUGCUACAUGACUGCCCAUGUGUUUGAGGCUUCAGAGAUGAAGUUUGGAGACAUUUCAAGCACACUUCAAGCCAUCAGUGUCCCAUUGCUGCCAAAAUCACAUACCCUAUCACAACAAAAACUCCAUGUAACAUCAUGAAAAUUUGGUCUCCAGCACCUGUUCAUAGCUGAAUGAGCCAUGAGAAAUAGUUUGUCACUGUGUGUGAAGUUUUCUAAUUGUGAUCAGUCAAAUUUCUCUAACAAGUUGAGGAUUAUUUUCUUGAGAUUUUUUGUAAUUGUGCUACCUGCCUUUGGAGAUUCCAUUCAGUACACUACCAUUGGCUUCCUUUAGGUGUGUCCUUUCAAGAUAUUUUAGAAGAGGAAAAUGAGUAAUUAAUGAUGAGUCCCUCUAAAUUAGCUCUACAUAACACUGGAUAAAAUGCCGAAGAAAAAUUUUACUGUACAGAUGUUCCGCAGUGACCCCAGAUGUUCCCCAAUCUAAAGAAUGUUCUGGCUGGAAUGCUUGGAAGCAACCUCUCUUUUUUUGGAUUGGAAAUGGAAUCUAGCCUGAGUAAGCCAGGAAAUAUGAGAUGGCUUACGUCUGCAAAGAAGAUUACAUGAACCCUUGAGACAACUCAAGCUUUUUAUCUUGUCACAUUAAUUAUUUUUGUUGUAAGUUGGGGAAGAGAGUAGAGGGAUGAGGUGCAGAUUCAAUUUGAAAGUUUCUGCAUGUUACUGGUUAACUAGUCGUCUUGUAACAUUUGGUUGUGCAUGGCAUUCCAAAGUCCUCCCCUCCAUGUUGUUUGCAUAAGGGAUCCACACAUCUGGUCCAUCGACACGCUCAAGGAGGCCAAAGCAUGAACUAACCAACUGCAUAAUAAUUGACUUACCACUCCUUCCUUGGCUGGCUUGGGAACAAACGGACAACACAGAACUGCUUUUCUGGUUACAAAUCACUGUUUGUCAAUGCCUGUUUUGACAAAUAUCCAAAGUGCAUUUGUGUUAUGAAAGGCAACUUUUGCCAUCCUCCUGAAGUAUUUGAUAUAUGUUAAUCACCCCCUGACAAGAGCAUUAAUGAUGUUGUUUAAAGUGGGCUUCCUAUAAGCCAGAUGCUGUAAAUAGUUAAUACUAUCUAAGUUUUCAGCUGUCAUCUUCUGCCUGUAACUUCAGGUAAGGGGACUGAUAACUAGUCUUUACUUUUGGUGCCACUGCCCUUGUUCUCAGAGUACCUUCUAUUGUUGCAGUAUGACAACUUACAUCUGAGGCAAUUAACUUCAAGGAUUGCCAUACAGAGAAAAAGGAAUGCCUGUUAAUUGGUCCUGAGGUUCUGAGCAAUGUUUAUUGAUAAAAGAAAUAUUUCAGUGCUUUAGUAUUUAGCACUAUCUACAGACAUUUCCCAGAAGGUUGAAAAAAGUCAAAUUAUUUUUAUGUAAACAGAUGCUACACAACUGUUCUGUUGUGCAAUGAUAUUUGAACGAUUUCUUCUAAAGUGAAAACAACAGUAAAACAUACUUCACCUGAACAGCUAUUGGCAUUCUGACAAAAACAAAACAAAACAAAAAAAAACCCACACACACAGACUGAUAAACAUGUGCAGAAAUUACGUCUAGUAGAAAAAUCAACCCCAAUACUGGCAAAACUGCACUGCAACAAUAUUGAAUGAUAUAGACUCUUUUUAAGGAUGUGCACAUGGGAAUGUCUUACUCUACAAAGAUCAAAGCAAAAAUUUAAGAUUAGAAAAAGCCCAUGAUCUACCAUGUAAUUCUAUCAAUUGAGAAAUGUUUCUCCUCUAUGCAUAUUUUCAACAUCUACUCUGUACUAAAGUUUUAAAAGGCAGAUGAUCUCGGGGAAUCUGAUGGCGUCUCUGUGCAGUGCCUCCAGGAUGCUUUUCCUGAUGAGCUCAUUUUGCAUCGUAUUUGUUAUUUGGCCGCAUCAUCAGAUUGUGUUGUGUGUAUAUGGAUUUACAUUUAAUGAAUGAAACAGUCAGAUGAGCUUCCUCAUUGUUUUUGCUAUUUGUGGUGUUUGUUUUGAUUCUUCAUAGAAGACUCAAUCUCUCCCAUCACUUCUCCAUAAGGACCAAGUGCUGUCCCUGGGUAGUUCUUUAUUUCAUUUUUCCUUCUGAGUGAUUUUCUUGUCUUUAGAAGUGAUGCCAUCUAUUUUCAUUCCUAGGAAGAAAAGAAAAUUAAUGUUUCAAGUUCAAUAGAGUAGUUGGAAAAAGCUUUUAGAAUGAUAGCCAAUCUGGUAUUAUAAUCAGUCUUCCAUAGCAUCUAGGGGAAAAUAACAGAAUUUUCACAUAAAUAACCUACAAUUCUAAAGAUACCCACUACCAAAAAAAUCUUUACUCUUAUUUCCUGCAGGCUAUUCAAAUAGAAUUUUUCUACAUUCUGAAUUUUAAAAAUUUUAAAUAGCAGCAAUUAGAUUAGAAAAACUAAAAUAUAUAUUUCUUGAACUAUUUUAGCCAUGUGAAUUUUUAUUUUUUCCAAUAAUUUUAGUCAUGUCAUAUGUAUAUAUAUAUUCUUUAUAUGUCUUACCUGUUGUUCAUACAUCUACACAAUUUGUCCACACAAUAAUAACUGAACACCACUAGCAGUAAGCAUUUAUAUAAAAUUAUUCCUUUUUUAAUAUAAAGCAUUGAACUUCCGCAGAAACUUUGAGGACUAGCUUGACCCCUUUUAUUCCUUGUACAACUUGGUUUUCUUUUUCCACUGGAAUAAAAACUAGAGGUAUAACCCACAGUACCUUGAUGCUAUAUAGCGUUUUGGAUCUUUGGAGCAAAGGAUGACAUCAAAUGAUGUUUUAAUCAGUGUUUCUCUUAUGAUAUUCAAGGUUAAAAUGAAAGGUCAGGUGAACUUCACUAUUAAACUGGCUCUUAGUCUUACAAUUUGGAUUCUCUUGUAGUAAUUCCUGCUAAUGUUCAAAGUUAAUCUCUCCUAAGAUGAUGUAGGGGCUAGAAUACUGGACUUCGAGUCAGGAAAACUUAGGCUCUAAUCCCAUUUCAUCCACACACUAGGUGUUUGACCCCAUAGGAGUCACUUAAUUUUAUUGGGCUUCAGUUUUCUCAUAUGUAAAAUGAAGAGUUUGGAUCUUAUGGACUCUAAGGUGCCUUCCAGUUUUAAGGCUACAAUCUAAAUCUUCAUCUAAUAUCUAUGCUAACAAUUUGUAGAAUGGAUGAGAACCCAAAUUCUAACAUAUUACCUUAAUAUGUAUAUAUUUCAAAUAGCUCCGGGGAUAUGUAUACAAGAAAAAGUAGGCAUCCAUUAGCAAUUUAGGAGAGUAAAAUCAAAAAUGAGUUUGAGAUAUCACCUCAGUGUUCUGAUCCACCCUCUUGCUAGAUAAGCGAUGGUCAUACAGUAAUUGUGCUUAAUAUGUAUAUAUACAUAUGUAUAUUUAAUUGCAUCUUAAGCACAUGUCUGUUUUUAUGCUUUUAAAUAUUACAUUAGCCAUCCACACUUCCCUAGCAUUACAACAAAUUUUUAAUAAUUCUAAUCAAAUGCUUUUUACUUAGGAUUAUAGUUUUCACAUUAGAACAAGAGAAUAGUAUUUGUUUUUGUUACUACAUUAAAUAUCAGUGAAAUUCUAGUGAAAUUGAGAAUAGAAGGUGCAAAAUAUAUCAUUAAAAACAUCACAUCCCCAAAACAACAUUUUGAGUGAGAUAUGUGAAUACAUAAUACAAGCCCAUUUCACUCAUACACAAAAUGGAUUCAUUAGGUCUAUUGAAUCCUAAAAUUAUGCAAAAUACAAGAGGAACAAGUGUAAAGCAAAUGCUAGUAUUUUUCGUUUUAACAAUAUAAAAUAUCACUGGAACAUUUUUUCUAAAAAAAAAUUCAAUGAUAACCCUAAAGAGAAGUAGAAAAUAUCAUCCUUUGUGUAUGACUUUGAGGAUAUUCUUAAAUCAUUAAAUCUGUAACCAAAAUGACAGUAUUUUAAGUGGAAGUCAUCUUUAUUUCAGUUGACCUCUAAAACAAUGGAUAACAAGAGUAUUCUAAUGUAUUCAAGUGAAGAUUUUUGGCCAUUGAUUGUUGUUUAAAGACUUCAAACUUACACUGUUAAGGGCCCUUACUUUAAAGGACCUUGCUUGGUUUUCCAGAUGUCAGUGGAAGGAAACACAUUACCAUAGAAUUUAUUUUAAAACAGAUAUAAAAAUUCAUACUUUUAUAUAAAGCAAAAUGGAUUAUUUGGCUCAACUCUUUUCUUCACUACACACUCACUACACACUACAAAUUAAGCAUUUUCCCCUUUAAAGUUACUAAGACCUUGGGAUACUUAGAAGUGUUUUUCUCUUUUUUCAGGUAAUCAGAGCAGGAGAAAAUUUCCCAAAGCUUUCAAACAGCUUUCCACAUCAGCUGCAUACAUACCAUAACUGCACAAAUUUCUGUAGCCUCUGGAUAUCAUUUAACACUUCAUUGUGUUUCUUGUGCAUGAAUUUUUACUGUAACAUCACCUGUAUCUUAAUGCAGUUUUUAAUCUCUCUACUAUUGCUAUUUACAAAACCAGUGCCAUAGAAUCCUCUCAUAUAAGAAGGCUUUGGGCUAGAUAACAGCUAGCAACAGCUGUAGUGGGUGAAAGUGUUGAUCUGUGCAAAUCGGAAACCAAAAGUUCUUAGUGUGGAAGACUUUCUAUGGCUGUUACUUCAUGA